UUGAUUUAAAUCGUAUUCUGUAUGAAAACAUUUUUCUAAUGGAACGUUGGGCAAGUGGGCAACCAUACUAUCUUAAAUCGUGGUUAUGACUGAUUCAGGCGAAUAAUUUAAACUAAAAUAUAUUGCAAGGAAAAUAUAAUUGAUCGGGUUAAUAAUAUUGCUAAAUAAUAUUUUUAAAUCUUCAAAACUAAUUAUACAAUUUUAGAAGCCGGUUCUGUAUCACGGCAUCAAAAUCAAGCCAUUUAGAACAUGAGAGAUUGGGUAGGGUUUGUACAUAAAAACGAAUGUACAACAUCUAAUUAUUAGUGUUAGUAUUUUAACCGUUUAUAUGUACCUACGUUACAUAGGCGGAUAUUGGGAGGGACUUUGGGAGGCUUAAGCCCCCCCUGAAUGUAACAAACCACACUAUAUAGUUGUCAAAAUAAGUUGUGUAUUUUAAUAUACCUAUGUAUACUUGGUGCCUCUGCUAGAAUAAAGUAGGAGUACUGAGUAGCUACUAGUUAGUAGGUUGAAGCGUUUAAAAAUGUAUUUUUACGCUAAUAGAUAAGACAAAAAUGUUAAGCCCCCCCCACGGAUGUGACCAAAUAUCCGCCUAUGCUACGUUAUUAUUUUAACGUUAAACAAAAAUUCUCAAACUACCAACUUUUUCUUACAAUAUCCGAUACCUACUGGAACUUUCCAACAACACAAAUUUAUUUUGAGUAUUAUUAAUAUAUCAUGUUGUACCUAUAGAUCUGAGUGUUCGAAAUUUGCUGAUGAAAAUAAUAUUGAUAAAAAUAUAUUGUAACUAUAGUAGGUAUAGUAUAAACCAAUAAAGUAAAAUCACAGGGUAUGCUUUCAUGCCAUGAAUAAUUUAUAAUAAUAAUAAUCGUAUAAUAAAAGUUAAAACAAAUUUAAAUUCAUCAAUAUUAUGAAAUAACAAUUAACAUAAUUACCUAUGUGGCUAUGUUCAAACCCGAAAUAAUCAUAUUUAAAAUAUAAUUUAUAUAAUCACGUGUAAACUGUUGCAGAAUGUAUGUUAUAAUAUCGUAAUUCCGCUGAAAUUCCAUUGUACACUUUAAAUGAUUUGCAUAUAAAUUUCGACGUAAUAACAACGAUCUAGAAUCUAGAUAGUCUAAUAGUACCUAGAUAUACUAAUUGUUAAAUCGUUCUCGUCACUUUUGAAAGAAUUUGUUUUUAAAUCAAUUAAAAAAUUAGCGUAAAAUAAUACGCAUUAGCACCCGAAGUAAUAUAGUAUUAAAAUACCAAUAAAACAUAUCUUAAGCAACCAGUUUAUUUAAAUAAUCAUUACCAUUACCUACUAAAUGUAUGAAUAUUUUAUCCCCGGCACAUCCUAUAAUUAUAUGGAAAUACCCGAGAAGCCUGUUUUGAUAAGAUCGAGCCAAUUACAACAAGACACAUUCUCUGAUAUUGAGUAGGAUUGGAUUUAAAUACGAGUAGAGUAGGUUUUUUUUUAUUUUUAGUGUUCUUAAAGACUUUGAAAGGGUAACAUUAGAGUUCGUCAUAAAAUUGUACCAUUAUUACUAAAUUUAAACUUUUUUCGAUAAUAUUCAAAACCGAGAUUAUUCUUCUGAGGGCAAAAAAGUGAUUUGUAAGUAUUAUUAAUAAUAGUUAAAUCAAAUUAUCUGUCAGAACCAACAAGUAAAAAAUAUAAUAUUGUAUUAUUUGCAUAUCUGUAGUUAAUCUGUAAUCAUACCUAAAACGGCUGAAAUCAUAUAAAAUAUAAUUAUAAUAAACAUUUAAAAAAAAAAAGUUUUCAAAUUAAUCACAAUCUUUAUAAAAUUAUCAUAUUUUCUUGGUUUGAAAUUGAAGUUAUCAUAGUGAAUAUAAUUUGAAAUAAACCCAUUAGUAAAAUAAAUAAUAAAUUAGUCUCGAUUUGCAAAACAUUAUUUUAAAUACCAAAUAAUGAAUUCUAUAAAUACAUUAGUUUCGGUUUUUAUUUCAAUUAAUUUUAUUUUCACCACUGUAUCAACAAAAGAUUGUGAUGCGAUUUCAAACUUUUUUAUAAAAAACAAUUUAAUGUUUCUGAAUUCAACGGAAUCCGUUGUAUUUCUUCCAUCAGAUUUUGAAUACAAAUUAGAAAAUUGGAAAGAUUUUGAUGGUGAUCAUAAUGAAUACCAUAAUUCGAUUACGUAUAAUGACGAACUCAUGAAUUCACUCUCGGAAACUGAUUUGAGUAUAAGCGAUGACGAGUUAACUGGUGCCGUUUACAGCAGUCUCGUAAAUAACGAAAAGUUACAUGAUGUAGUAAGCGUAUUUUCGAACAGAUAUGUAGUUAGAACUGAAAGAUCCACAAGAGUAUUUACAAUUGACUAUGCCCCAUUUUAUUAUAUUGAAAAUACAAAAUGUGAUAAGUUUCAAGUGCAAUACUCGAGGUCAGUAAUAAAAGGAUUGAUUUGCAAAAUUAGUUUUGUCGCUGGCUUGAGGUAUACCGUGAAAUGUGGCAGUGUCGUUUUAGGGUUAUUGCCACUUAACAAAAAUGGACAACUUGAACAUGAAACAAGAUGCACCUAAAACCAACAUUUUUAUAAACAUAUAUUUUCUGCAAACUAUAUCAUAUUUUUAUUUUAUUAAUGGGAUCAUUUUUAAUUUAAUCAAUGAAUCCAAUAAAAAAACAAACAACUUGUAUUUUUUAAAAAAAUUAAUACAUUUUAUUUAUUUAUUUGAUUAAUAUUUGAUUGAGAUUUUUUUAUAUAGUUCUAUGAUACCUACUGAAUAUUAACAAUUUGUUGUAUAUUAUUAUUAUAAUUAUUAUUCCCGAUGUAUAUUAUGUAUCGAUAUAUAUUUUUUUUUAUUAUUAUUGAUCAUUGAGCCUGGCAACUAUGGCCAUUAGCUGUUUGUUUGUUUGUAGGUGAGGA